CUAUUUUUAACGUAACAUAUUUGUUCCAUUCACAUAGCCGCUCUACUAACAUGUAUACAACUUAUCUUAAUUAUGUUGUAUAUCCUAGUUUAAAAUAAGCCGCUCCAGUAAUAGAAGUCAAUGACAAGAAGCAAAUCAUCAUGGCAGGCGAAGGAGGCGAAGUUUACAAAUGUCAUCACUUCCGGACUAUUCCGGACAGAUUUUCCAGAUUCAAUUUUACGCUCGCCAUGUAUUUGUUGUGCAGAAGUGCACUAGAAUAGUAGAAUUAGGUCAUGGAAGAGAAAAGAAAGCGUCUCACCGAGAAAAGCAGAACGGAAAAUGUAAGAAGCAAAAAGCAAAGGAAAAUAUAUCAAACUAAUACUACUGUUGGAACUUCGAUGGACAAGAGAAGAGUAUUUGAUGGUCCUCUUGUAACUUGUUUUAAAAGGCAACAAGAGCAUGAUAAGGAAAGCGUCUCUUGCCCAGUUUGCUCACAGCUCGUGUACCUGAAUCACAUUAAUGAACAUUUGGAUACAGGCUGCAAUAAGAAAAUUCUCACCUGCACAUCUGCUCAUUUUUCUACAACAAGAGAAAGAUUUUCUAAGAAUUGUGCGGAAGACCGAUCAGUGAAAUUACAGAUAAACGAGGAUAUUUGCAAAAAAAGAAUGGAUAUGCAAGACUCGUGCUCUGAUGAAGUGUUUAAAAGUUCCAAAGUGUACAAAGAAGAUGAGAAGAAUGAUAUUGAUGAGGAUUCCAUUACAGAACCGUAUUAUUUGAAGAAUUUGAUGUUUAUUGUUGAUGCUGUACUGGCGGACGGCCAAUAUUGUGAAUUGUUUAACGCUGACGAUCAAAAAAUUCUAAAACGCUUUCAUAAUUUGAGCAUAAAUUCACGUAAACUGUAUGCAAGACUCUUUCAACGCCAGUACAAAUGGUUUAGAGCCUGCAAUAUCCGGUAUCCAAAAAUAUCAGAAGAUUUGACAGCGUGUUUUGAUGAGCUAAUCGUGACAGGUUUUUUGCUCGCUGAUCUGAAUGAUUUGGCUGAAAUUCUUAAACUUCUUUCCGCAUCUGAAGUAGUGGAUCUUGCCAAAUUUAUGCAUAUCUCAAGAAAUUCCCAAAAUAAAAGUCAAUUGGUCACAUUGCUUUUGAAACAAAGCCGUCAAAACUCAUUUUUUUCUAAAGAGGAGAACGGUGUUAAAAAAGCAAUCUGCAAAAGGGCAAAUGCGAUGCUGGGAACAGUCGUGAAGCUUGAAUCCGACAAGAGAUCCGUCUUCACGAGGUUAAUUCUUCUCUACGUACAAGAAAUAGAUGACCGUAAUGAUAACACACAGUUGUCGACAAUAUUUUUUAGAAGAAUUGGACAAGGUGUUUACCCUGAUUAUGUAAUUCGCAGGGUUUGUAGAAUCUUCCGAAAUAGGGAUGAUCUGAUUUGUUGCGACGUAGCUAAUCAGGCGCUUUUCUGUUUGAACGAGGCCAUUGAACGAAAGAAAUUUGACAAAGCCAUGGAAGUUUUCGAAGAAGCAUAUGAAAAAUUCAAAGCAAUAAUGAGAAAAUUAGCGUUGUGUGACCCGGCAACACUUUACUCUUCAGCGCUCCCCGAACAUUUACGUCAGUUUACGACGCCAUGGCUAUACACUAGGAUAUGCUCAUGUAGUGUGGAGAUAUUACAGCGGUACAAAAAAUAUGACAAAGCUGUUGAAUUACUGCGUGAGCUAUUGGGGCAACAGGACUUUUGUCCCAGUAAUCGCGGAAGAUGGUGGGAGCGACUGGCUUUGAACCUACAUCAACAUAUGAACAAACCUGCUGAGGCAUUAGAUGUGGUCCGUGAAGGUCUUGCUGACACUAGAGUAAGAACUGGACAUAGACUGGCGUUGGAAGAAAGAGCAAAGAACAUUUGUGAAUCAAGAAAGAAUGCGAGCCUAAAGAAACAUCUUUCCUACAUUCAGUUUACUGAAUUGAAACAACCACCUGUUGUAACGAUUUCUGGUGUGCGACUGUCAACUGAACCAAUUUUCAUUGUCAAAGAUGAGAAAGAUGAGAAGAGCUUUUGCUCAGUCGAGCAGCUAGCAAUAAUUCAUUACCGUGAACAAGGAUACAAUGAAGGCAUUCACGGAGAAGGAAUGACGUUUAAUCUACUGUUCACUCUUAUCAUGUGGGAUGUUAUUUUCUGUGACACUGUUCCAGAUGUUUUUAGAAAUCCUUAUCAGUCGGCUCCACUUGACAUUUAUUCUGGGAACUUUUAUGCUAAUCGAAAGGCGAUGAUAGAUGCCCGUGUUCAGGAGAUUCACGAUUCUCCUGUCGAGAAAAUAAAGGACGACAUACGUCUAACAUGGCAAGAACAGUUUGGAAAAACGUGCGCUGGAGUGAAUUGGAACUUGUUUGCAAAUGUGAACAAAGUUUUGGAGUUCAUCAGUUGUGUAGGAAGUGUUGUAUUGGCAGGUAUAUGCUCUAUAUUUGCCAAAGAUUAUCGCCACACACGAUCUGGCCUACCUGAUUUAGUCGUAUGGAACUUCGCCUGUUUGAAAUAUAAGAUUGUCGAGGUAAAAGGACCAAACGACAAACUUUCUACCAAACAGAAAGUGUGGCUAGAUGCUCUUGUUCGCCUUGGUGCUUAUACGGAAGUUCUUUAUGUCAAAGCAGUAGGGGGAAGGCAAGCGUAGUAUUUGAAAGUAUGCUGCUCGAGCGGGACGCAGAAUUUCAAGUUCCUCCAUGUUUAAGUUGAGCCUUUCACGAUUCUAUUGGAACAAAAAAUCGAAAGAAUAUAAGAUCACAUUUCGAUAAUAUUUGUAUAUAUAAUUCUCUACGUCAAUCAACUUUGUGGAAAUAGUUUCGCAACUUGCUGAUACAAAGAACAGGAUUUCUACUUAACUUAUAUAAAAUGCGAUGUCACUCUCACUUUUGUAUUAAAACCGUUUACGUGCACGGA